ACGAAAAUGAGCAACUAAAAGAAGAAGAAGAAGAAGAAGAUGCCUGCUUAUUUAUUUUCUUUUUAUGGUAAUCAGCCCCUUCAUUUUCCCUUUAUUUUACUUUUUCCCAUUUGGUUCCCGCAAGCAAGCGAGGUCCAUAAAAGGCCACCUCCUCCCCCAAACAACCCGUCCCGAAAACACUGAGAAAGAGGCUUUCUGAAGGGGAGAGAGUCGCGUGUGUGCGUGAGAGAUAUAGAGAGUUACGCCGGCCUCUGCGUCGUCGUUUAGGUCUCACUUCUCAAUCGGCAUUCCUUCGUAAUGGCGGAUCCCUACGCCCUGGCCGUGCUGCUGGUGCUACUUGCGGUCCUCUACAAUCUGUUGGUCAAGCGAAACGGGCAGCGACGGAAUUCUGCCGCCGCGGCCUCCGAUGCCGCCGCCGCCACGACCACAACCACACCCACAACGGCUAUCAAUGGAGAAUGCAGAUCCAAGGACUCGGACGUCAUCAUUGUUGGCGCCGGCGUCGCCGGAGCCGCUCUCGCCCACACGCUAGGCAAGGAUGGGCGUCGGGUUCAUGUAAUCGAAAGAGAUUUGACCGAGCCUGACCGGAUUGUUGGAGAGUUGCUACAGCCAGGCGGCUAUCUCAAAUUAAUUGAGUUGGGAUUGGAAGAUUGCGUGGAGGAAAUAGAUGCUCAACGGGUGUUUGGUUAUGCUCUUUUCAAGGAUGGAAGGAAUACUCGACUCUCUUAUCCUCUGGAGAAAUUUAACUCAGACGUAUCUGGAAGGAGUUUUCACAAUGGCCGUUUCAUUCAAAGAAUGCGGGAAAAGGCUGCAUCCCUUCCCAACGUUCAAUUGGAGCAAGGAACAGUCACAUCUCUCCUUGAAGAUAAAGGGACCAUUAAAGGUGUUCAGUACAAGACCAAAAAUGGUGAAGAAAUGCAAGCAUAUGCACCUUUAACCAUUGUUUGUGAUGGCUGCUUCUCAAACUUGCGCAAAUCUCUUUGCAAACCUAAGGUUGAUGUGCCCUCUUGUUUUGUUGGUUUGGUGCUGGAGAACUGUGAACUUCCAUAUGCAAAUCACGGGCAUGUUGUUUUGGCAGAUCCAUCUCCUAUCUUGUUUUAUCCAAUUAGUAGCACAGAGAUCCGUUGUCUUGUUGAUGUUCCUGGUCAAAAGGUUCCUUCUAUUACAAAUGGUGAAAUGGCCAAGUAUUUGAAGACUGUGGUUGCUCCCCAGAUUCCUCCCCAGUUGCAUGAUGCCUUCAUUGCUGCUAUUGACAAAGGAACCAUACGGACCAUGCCCAACAGAAGCAUGCCAGCUGCUCCUCAUCCUACUCCUGGGGCUUUACUUAUGGGGGAUGCAUUUAACAUGCGCCACCCUUUAACUGGUGGAGGGAUGACUGUUGCGCUAUCUGAUAUUGCGGUGCUACGCAACCUUCUUAGGCCUCUGGAUGACCUAAACGAUGCACCUACUCUUUGCAAAUAUCUUGAAUCCUUUUACACUUUGCGUAAGCCUGUAGCAUCGACAAUAAAUACAUUGGCGGGUGCCCUAUACAAGGUCUUCUGUGCUUCUCCUGAUCAAGCACGCAAGGAAAUGCGCCAGGCUUGCUUCGAUUACUUGAGCCUUGGAGGUGUCUUUUCAACAGGACCAGUAUCCCUCCUCUCGGGCUUAAACCCCCGCCCACUGAGCUUGGUUCUCCAUUUCUUUGCGGUGGCUAUAUAUGGUGUUGGUCGCUUGCUUCUGCCAUUUCCUUCUCCCAAGCGUAUGUGGAUUGGAGCCAAAUUGAUUUCGGGUGCAUCGGGAAUCAUCUUUCCAAUCAUCAAGGCAGAAGGAGUGAGACAGAUGUUCUUCCCGGCCACCGUUCCGGCAUAUUACAGAGCACCUCCGGUUAACUGAUAUAUGAAAAAACUGAAUUAUGGAGGAACAUCAAACACUUGUCAAUCGGGGUAACUGUAAACAGAAAAGACCAGUGGUACUUUCAAGACGUGCCUUGUUCUUCCUUCAAAGCAACAACUUUCCUUGCUCCAAGGGGAGAGAGAGGCUGGUUGCUUAGCCAAUUGAGUUGUGAAUUGCAAUGUAACCCUUUUCUCUUUUCUUUAGAUAUUCAUUUUGUCUUGUUUAUAAGACUUCUCAUCAAAAUCAAUUCAUUGCGACUUUCUCUCUUUUUAGUUUGGAUUGCUA